AUGGCCCCGCAAAAUUCCGGAAUAAUCAAUGAAUAUACCAUUAGUCAUGUUAUUAACAAUCAAACCAAUGUUGGAGCAAAGAUGGUCGUGAAAGAAUAUAAAAGAAUUGGAGAAGGUGCAUUUGGUACUGUUGUUGAAGCAGUAUUGAAAUAUGUGGAUCAUCAUCAUCAACCACAUGAAGCACCAGCAACAGGAAAUGACGAAUGGCUUGGACCAUUUGCUAUAAAACGAGUGCCAGCGCAAACUGAAUAUAAAUCACGAGAAUUAGAAAUAUUAAGAGUUGUUAAUCAUCCAAAUAUUGUUGGAUUAAGAUUCUUUUUUGAUAAACCAAGUUCAGCCAAUCAUGAAAUUUAUCAAAAUUUAGUAAUGGAAUGUCUACCUUCAAAUUUACAAGGAGAAAUUAAAUAUUAUCGUCAAUCAAAAUAUACAAUUCCCUAUCCUCAUAUGAAAGCUUAUACUUUUCAAUUAACUAGAGCUAUGUUAUAUUUACAUGGAUUUGGUAUAUCCCAUCGAGAUAUAAAACCUUCAAAUAUCUUGGUUGAUCCAAGUAUUGUUCGGUUAAAAAUUUGUGAUUUUGGAAGUGCUAAGAAAUUAGAAUAUAAUCAACCCAGUGUAAGUUAUAUUUGUUCAAGAUAUUAUCGUGCCCCAGAAUUAAUUGUUGGAUGUACUUUAUAUACAACAAAAAUUGAUAUAUGGGGUUUAGGAUGUGUUGUAGCGGAAAUGUUUUUAGGUAAACCAAUUUUCCAAGGACAAUCUCCCGAAUCUCAAUUAAAAGAAAUUGCCAAGUUGUUAGGUCCACCACCAAAUAGUUUCUUCUUUAAGAGUAAUCCCCAAUAUCGGGGGAAUAUGUAUACAACUAAAUUAUUUAGUUGUAGUAUUGAAGAUCGAUUUAAACAAAUUUUUAGUAAUUCUCCAUCAGAUGCAAUUGAUUUAUUAAUGAAGAUUUUAGUAUAUGAUCCAGAAAUAAGAGCAAGUCCAAGAAAAGUAUUGGUACAUCCAUUCUUUGAUGAAUUAAAAGUGGAUAAUUUUCAAGUAUUUCCUCGAGGAUCUAAUGAAUCGAUUAAUUUGGAUUUAUUUAAUUUUAGUGAUUAUGAAUUACAAUUAAUGGGAGAUUUAAAGGAUCAAUUAAUGAAAAGGCUGAGCUAA